CUUUGACGGAGGUUUUGUGAGUCAUUUGAGCUUAAAAUACGCCGAUUCCGACUAGAUCUUGUUUGAUAUGUUUGUCCAAAGUCAUCAUGAUAACUUCGGUCUCCCGAGACUCCCCAUUCAUUCAUCCCGAAUCUUACCUGUUAAAACACUACUCAAGGCCACCACCAGAGGUCAUCAGAGAACAGAUAUACAAGGAUCAGCAUGCAAAAGAGGCACAUGACGCUGGAAAAAAGUGGGCAACCUUUGCCCGAAAUACCCGCUCAGCAGGGAGUGUGCCGUCUUGGUUGAAGCAUCCACACAAAACUCACAAGCACGAACCUGACGAAGAAGAUGCAGGAACUCAUGUCACCAAACAGAAACGAUUACAAAGUUGGAGUGCACAUCCGGACGAUGACAGUGUUAUUGUGGAUGCAGCCAAACUCUUCCAUGUCACAUCUCGAUUUCUACAAAAGUAUGAACCGACUAAUGAAGAAACGAGGCCUGAUGACUUGGAUGAAUUUAGCCAGACAGAUGGGAUCAACCUGUAUGCCGGAUGGGAUAAAGACGAUCCGGAUGAGGUGGAGGAUAGCAAAGUUGGUGCGUCAAAGCCCACAUCAGCCCACUCUACAAAAGCAACGGGACAGCUGGUGAGAACCGAAAGUGGAAAGGAAGACCGAACAGACCAAGCUAUCAGAUUUGAGCCUCCACUCGCUGACCCUGACGCAGCACACGAAGCGUUCAUGCGCUGCGUGAAAUCAUGUAUCAUACGAGGAAAAGAUGCAGAAAGUGUGCGCAAGACACCAACCUCUUCUCGGCCGGUAUCCGGAACACACCUCUCACGGCGCUCAAGCGUGUCCGAAAAGCUGGUUCGGAGCCGCACUAUAUCUGCAUCAGCACCAUCGAUUUCAAGAACAGAUCGAAUCUCGGCGUUGGCGAGACCAAAAUCAAGACUUGGCACUGGGGACAUGUCAGUAGGUGCGAUUGAUUCCUCCGGUCGUGGGAGACAAGGACCAAAACCCACCAGCGCAUCAUCACCCUCACGUCCAUUGUCAACAGCCACAACCACCCGAUCGCCGUCCUCGCUUUCUGCAAGGAAACGAUCUCCUACAUUAACUCCCGAACAAGCAGAAAUGGUCCACCGGUACACGUUAGCUUCCAAAGAUAAAAUAAACCCUCGACCUGCUACCUUGGCGGAUUGGCACCGUGAGCAGGCAGCCAAGGGCGUGAUAUGGGAUCCCUCAGCCUUCUCAGUUCAGCGCUUCAUCCGAGAUUUUAUCAACAUACAAAAAGCAUCGGCAGAAGCCUUGCGCAUGCGUAAGAAUAUACUCCAACCAUCCGCAGCUUCCGCGAGACCAUCUGUACAUGUUGAUCCUAACCACCGAAGAACGGCGUUACCAACGACAUUUGACUCACGCCGUAGUGGCUUCAAUAAUCAUGAUCGGUCGGAACACCAAGCAGCUGUGUCCAUUCUUCGAAAGUCCAGGUUCGAACGAACCGGAGACGACAUCAAGCAAUUAUACAGAUAUAUGCGGAGAAUCAAAGCGUUCGCAAAGCUAAGCGACUUUAUUUUGAAUCAAUUAUGUGCUGUCGUACAUUUCCAAGCGUUUGCCAAGGACAGAGCUGUCUUUAGACAAGGUGAAAUCGGAACGGCAUGGUACAUUAUUCUAACUGGUAGUGUCGUGGUUCAAGUCUCUAGCACGUCCCGGAUAGAGGAUAGUGUGCCGGUGACCCGUUUAUAUGCAGGUGAAGGUUUUGGCGACGUGGCGUUAACAAAUGACAGGCCCAGGGGUGCGACGAUCAUUACAGCAGAACCCUGCGAACUGAUAUAUAUUGAAAAAGAAGAUUACAAAGCCUUUUCGUUCAUACACGAGAAAGAAAUCAAGGAGAAGAUGAUGUUUUUGCGUAAAGUUUCGUUAUUCCGAGAUUGGGCUGCUCCAUCAUUGAGAUCUGUUGCGCAAAUCAUGAACUGGAGGAAACAUUUGCCUGGAUCCGUUAUUUUACAAGAAGGUGCUCCAGUGGAUGAGUUUUUUAUUAUUCGCACCGGCAGCUGCACAGUCCAUCGAAACCUUCCCGCCACCGACCUGGCUUCGUCUCACCCUCGUCCGCUUACGGUUCAGGUCGGAAUUGUGCCGACAUUAUCCUACUUUGGGUCAGAGGGUGUCACACAAGACCUCUCCUCCCAGACGCCCGCCAUUUCCCGCUACACUAUCCGUGCCUCCCAUGAGGGCAUCGUGGAAACUGCUGUGAUGACUAUCUACGAUGCACGAACAAACUUUCGGAGUGCGGUCGAAGAUGUUCAAUUCCCCGGUCACAAUGACGACAGCGAACUGAUAAGGUUGUACGAAGAGAAGAUUGCAAAGAAGAAAUGGGACAAGAUGAGGAAGGGGAUCGUGCGAGGUUUGAUCAAAGAGUGGAGUGGGGACCCCACCGCCAGUAACGAUUAUUCAAUCUUGAAGAAUGAGCCAGGAGAGAAACGGGGAAAGACCUGGAGAGUCUAAAGAUUUGCCUCUGGCGGUUCUUGGGGUUGAAGGUUGAACAUAGAGAGCAGUGAUAGUUGUAUAUACGGAUGCAUGUCGAAAUACAUAGGUUAUGCCAUGUGUA